AUAUACAAGCAACUCUGUGGGUUGGAGAGAAAGGGAGAGAGGGGGUGAAGGGAGGAGAAAGAGUUUGGAGAGGAUUAGGCAUGGCCGGUCCAAGCGUUUGGAAGGGUUUAGGCGUGGCCGGAUCAACAUCGAUAGUGAUAUCAGAUGACGAGAAGAAAGAGAUUCAGCAAGAUGUAGAGGAUUUGGAGGAGGAGGAGGAACGCCCAGGAUGGCUUCCAGAUGGUUGGAUAAUGGAGGUCUACCAAGGUGACGAUGGCACAAUCUACCGGUACUACACAUCUCCUAUAUCAGGACUCACUUUCACCAUGAAGUCAGAGGUGCUUCAGUACCUUUUCUCUGGGAUGGAUGAGCGAUUCCUGGAAUCAAAGAACUGUGCUGCAGAUAACCAGCUUAUUAUGACACAUGAAUGGCUUCCAAAAGGCUGGAUAAUCGAGGUUAGAGCUGGUGGAAAGAACAUGAACAAGAUGUAUAAGUUUUAUGUUUAUCCACCAGCUGGAGUUCGACUGUUUUCUAAAGAGGAUGUACUGCUAUAUAUUAAUAAGUCCGAGAUUACUGGAUUUGAUACAAAUGGAGAAUGUGACACAAGAACCAAAGACAACAUUCUUGCAAAUGUGGAAUUUAAUCCACAUUCACUGCCAGAAGGAUGGGUGAAGGAAGUAGUAUUUAGAAAGACAAAGACUGGAGUAAUUAGAAAAGACCCGUAUUUCACGGAUCCUGUUAAUAAUUAUUCAUUCCGCACAAGGAAAUCUGCAAUGCUCUAUGUUCAAACUGGAAAAGUACCUAAACGCGCAUUUAUUCAGAGGACAAGUGUUCAUGACCUCUACUCUUUUGAGAAGUCCGCAGAUCUGCAUGAAAGUCUGAAGAAAAGACUAGACUUUGCAGCUAGGACUAACCGGAAAUCCAGAAGAUCAUUGAAAUCCAAAAACUCAUCGCUUACAGAAAAGUCACUCAGUGAUGAGGAAAGUUCAUAUAAGUCUGAAGAUGGUGACUCCUCUGAUGAUUUAUCAGAUUCAUCAAGCGAGGUUAAAAAAAACAAGGGCAAGCUUGAGAAGACUACAUGCAAAACCAAAAAAUCGGUAUCCUUUAACACUGCCAAGCGUCCUGUUGGGAGACCCUCAAAAAGAUCCACUGAGGAAAUGCCUCGUGACGUGGAAAUCAAACAAGAGAGUGCAAGUAGCGAAGAAUAUUGGUGCUGAAAAUUGUGACUCGAUCGGGCUGAAGAAGAAAUUAUGCUCGUAUUUCUUUUCCUUUAGAUCAAUAAGAAGAAGGCAUAUCAAAACUUUAACUCUAGUAUUCCUUUUGCCUCUCCAAUUUCCAUCUCCACAGGACACUGUAAGAAGAUGAAGUUAAAUAAUCGUGCAACAUUUUUGUGCGGACAAAAUUAAGAAGUGCUCCCCCAUAUAAAG